GUUACCAAACAGAUCUUCACAUCAUCUUUUAUCCAUCCAAAAAAAAUAUUAAAAAUGAAAUUCUUCGUUGCUUUCGUCGCCGUCUUGGCCGUCGCUGCCGCCCAAUACAGGCCCCAGGCUCAACCUGGCAGGCCCAUUGCAGUGGCCAGCCGUGUGAACAACAACGACGCUGCUGCCAACGUCCUCCGUUACGACAGCGACUCCGCUCCUGAUGGUAGCUUCAACUACGCUCUUGAGAUCGACAACGGCAUCGCCGCCCAGGCCCAGGGUACUCCCCGUGACUUCGGUGGAAACCCCCCUCUAGUGCCAGUCGUCUCCCAGGGAUCUUUCUCAUGGAUCUCUCCCGAGGGCCAGCCCAUCAGCAUCACCUACACCGCUGACGAGAACGGUUACCAAGCUUCUGGUGAUGCCAUCCCCACUCCCCCCGCCAUCCCUGAGGCCAUCGCCAGGUCUCUGGCUUACCUCCAGAAGGUCCAGAAGAAGUAAAUGCUUAUUUAAUCUAGAUAUGCCAAUUUACGCCAACCUUUAGACUUUACGAUUCACCUUAACUUUUGUAAAUAGUUGCUAUUUGUACAUAAAUGUUAUUUAUAUUUGACUACCUACCGAGAGGUAACUUGAUACCUAAACUGCUUCAAGCAGGAUAUGUCUGAAUGGACAUAAAUUGUUAUUUAUGCAAAAAGCAAAAAAAGAAGUAUUGAAAAUUAUUUCCGUGAUUAUAUUAAUUUGAACUAA